AUGCAUCGAGCACAAGAACAACAACUGUUGUCUUCAGAGUUAUUAUCAUCAAAUAGUAUGGAAUAUAUUGAUGAUGAUGAUGAACAGAUUUAUAAUCCUCAACAACAACCGAUUAAACAAGAAAUACAACCAUUGAAUUGUUCAAAUCCAAUUGUGAAUCGUCUGUCUCUAUUACCAGCUUAUCCAACAUUUGAUCGAUUUGGACCUAUCAAUCGAGAUCAUUUACUUUUGGCAAAUGUAUCUUGUCAAGAAUUAACCCAUGAACAACAACGACGUCGUAAUCAUCAUCCAUUUCAUCAACCAUUUACUCUUAUUGAUCAAAGUAAUGAUAUCAGUGUUCGAUCACCGUUCAUGAAAAUAUAUGAUAAAUUAUAUGGAGAUUUAACUAAACGCUUCCAAAUUGAUAAUGCUAUUCUUGAUUAUAAUUAUCAACGUCUUCAUACUUGCAUGAAUAUUAUGGUACAAGAACGAAUUCGAUAUGGUUUACUUGCAAUGGAUACCAUUGGUAUGAAAGAAUUACGACUUGUUGAACAUGCAUUAGCUAUGGAAUUUUAUCUACAAAUUGAUGAUGAAUUGUUUUUUAUAAAAACAUGUUGUUUUCGUAAUGCUCAACCAUCAUUAUACAAUCAUCGUGGCAUCUUUUCUAUGGAUGAACCAAAAGCCCUCUACGGUCUAGAACCAUGUGAACAAGUUACAUGUCGAUUCUGUUUCCCAAUUAAAGAUGUUUUUAUUCGUGGUCGACAAAAUCAACCAGUUGUUCGAUUUUCAUCAGCACAGAAACACCGUUUUGUCAAUGGAUACGAAGCUAUUCUCAAUUGUCCAACGACUUGUAUUACCAAAAAUAUUCUCUAUGCAUUGACAUGUCCUUGUGGUCAAUUUGAUUAUAUUGGAUAUACAUCAUUAACAUUGGAUGAACAACUUGAAUAUCAUCGUGAACAUGGUAAUCGAAUCAUUCAUGAAUUUAUUCUUGGUUCAUUAAAUAGUAGUCGUAUGCGACAACAAACUAAAUCAAAAGAAGAAUCAAUAGCUGAUAAUAUGUUACUUUAUAAACAUUCAGCUCGGUGUUCGUAUGCUAUUCAAAUGUUUCUGGAUUGUAAUCCACAAUACUGGUGUUUUGUACCAAUGUCAACAAUGGAAGCAGAAACACAAAAUCUUAGAUCUGAUUUGUCAAGUGUUUGUACAGCUUUCGAUGACAAAGAAGCUAGUGCAUACAUGACUGAUUUACCUCCAUUACCUUCAGGAAAUUAUACAUUUUCUGCACAUCAACGUUCAAAACAAAUACAAUUAUUAAAAGAUAAACGUGAAUGUCUUAAACCUAAUUUGCAUCUUGAUCUUUACAAUGCUACAAUUAUUGCCGUGAUGCCAGAGGGAUAUACAGAAUUAUUUUAUCGAUUACUCGAAGCAUUAUUUAUUACACAUGCUCUAACUAAAUUAAAUACAUUGGGUCAUUUAGAUGGUAUGAUUGUGGAAAAUAACAAUUCUAAUGAUAUAAAUGCGCGCAUAGUUGAUGAUCGUCGUGGAAAUUGGUGUCAAGAUCUUGUUCGUCGUCCUCCUAUGUAG